UUUUGACGGUAUCGUUAAAGUACGUGGUUUCGAAGCGGAAACUGCGUUGACUGUCGCAAACAAAAUGACCGCCAUAAUUGUAACCCAGGAAAAAUACUUUAUGCAGUACUUUCGGUGUCCAUAUUUUUACAAUACUUCCACUGAUCUUAUGAUCGUGUUUGAGACACCGAUGACAAUUGUGGCAGACAACGUUAAUUCGCCACGAAUACAUUUACCACUGUCCUUUUUUAAAAUAUGUAGAAUCUUUAAUAUUUUUGAACCAUUGCUUUGGAGAUAAAUAUACGAAUCCAAUUAGAAAUCAAAAAUUUUCUCAAGCCAAUUCCAAUACCUUACUAUGUACAGAUAUCAGAUCGAAGUAGCAACACAAGACCCUGAAUUGCGAUACGAUCAGUUCAAGCAAUGCGUGAUGACUCAUCAUAAAGCUCUGAAGUUUUUCGACAAUCUACAGGAAUGUAGCCAGAAUAUGUUUCUUUUGCUGAUUGCGUUGAACAUGACGCUUAUCAGCAUGACAGCCGUGCAAAUACUUAUGCACAUGGAUCAACCUCUGGACAGUACCAGAUUCAUUCUGUUCUUUCUGUGCUCACACUUUCAUUUGUACGUCGUCAGCCUGUUCGGGCAAAUCAUACUGAACCACAGUACAAUAUUAGCGGAAAGAAUAUACAACUGCAACUGGUACGAGGUACCGACCAAGUUCCAGAAAUUGCUUUGCAUUAUGAUGGGAAGGUGCAACAAACCUUGCAUUUUGAGCGCGGGAGGACUGUACGAUAUGAACAUGGAGAACUAUGGAAAAGCAGUGAAAACGUGCAUGUCGUACUUCACCAUGUUUCUGUCCAUGAGGGAGUGAGUGUACAGCUAUCAAGCUCAACUGAUCAUAAGGACAAUGAUACUGUAUCCACGAAAUUUGCCAGCGAAUCGAA